UUUAAUUUUCUGUACAUAGAGGAACGCGUGCCUUUAAGUAGGUAUUUGAGAUGAAUUCAUAACUGACGUUGUCGUCGAAUUAAUCACUAUCUACAAUUCUACAAAAUCACAGAGACGAGAUAAUGACGUACAAACAUACUUAUAAAAGUAAAAGUUCAACUUCUGGUUGAUCAUUCAGCAGACAUGGCACGAACUUUAAUUUUGGCAGCAUUAGUUUCCAUCUCUCUGGCAUUUCCCCAGAAUGCCCAAUUUGAGCAAUACGAUUCAUCGGAUUCUGUGAGAAUUGUUGGAGGGUCUAAUGCAUCAUUAAACGAUUUUCCUUAUGUAGUGCAAAUUAUGGCGGGUACUUACUUUUGCGGUGGAUCGAUAUUGUCCAACGCAUGGAUACUUACGGCGGGUCAGUGCUUAACUGACAUAAAUGUAACAAAUAUAACGAUUAUUGCUGGUGCUCUACAUGAAGAAGGCGUUGAGGGUGUUCUAUUGAAAGCUGAAGAACUCUACAUCCACCCUCAGUACUCUGAGCCUCCUAACGACACUGAAGCAGGUCCCGACUAUGAUGUCGGUUUGAUUAAAUUGUUACAAAAUUUGACCUUCAGUGAUACGAUUAGGAGUGUUCAACUAAUCGAUGAAAAUCAACAAAUAGCACCAGGAACCAAUGCCACGGUUGUAGGGUGGGGAUUGCAGUCACAAGAUGUUAAUGCCAGUUACAUUGAUGUACUUCAAGCAGUUACUGUACCAAUUAUCUCACAAGACGAAUGCAGAAGUACUUUUAACCUUACCGAAGAGUACCUCACUGAUAGAAUGCUGUGUGCUGGUUACGACGAAGGUGGCAAGGAUGCCUGUACGGGUGAUUCUGGAGGACCCAUGGUUGUUAAUAAUACCCUCAUCGGCAUCAUAUCGUGGGGUCGUGAUUGCGCGCAGGAAAACAAUCCAGGAGUCUACACUAACGUUGCAGCCAUUCGUCAGUACAUUAGAGAUGUUACAUCACUUUAAAAACAGAUAAUUAUUAAAACAAAAAAGAAAAUCAAGUUGUUUCCUUUUUUCAAUGCUUUUCUCCGUCAUUAUGAUCUUCAUUUUCCAAAUUAAGGACAUUUUGACUUCAUAAUUCAAGAAAUAUGUUAUACUAGCGGCCCGCCCCAGCUUCGCACGGGUUCAAUGCUAAU